AGCUCGUCAUCAGAAUCAAUCAGUUUUACAAGCACCACAGACAAUGGUUCAGUCAAGUCUAUGAUAGAUACCAAUAGCUCCAGCUCACAAUCUGUCACAAAUCAGAACUUUGCAGCGAGUUCUAAUGGAGCAUCUACAGCUACAUUACCUGCCGGACAGGAAUAUUCUCCAUUAGCCACAUCACUGAUAGAUAGUUUAUUGAACACCGCGACUGCUGCAGUUAACUCACAGAUUCUAUUGGGAAGUCCGGGACAAACUUCCUCGGCAGUAAAUGGGAUUCAAAGUAACAUCGGAACAUCUUCUGGGCCAAUAACGGGAGGAGUGACCACUGGGAGUUCUUCUUCAAAUAAUCUGGUUGCUGGCGCUACUUCCCCAGGAGUUUCAACUACCACAUUUUCCAGUUCUUCCACAACGUCAACCUCAACUACCACCACAACAACCACAACCACAACUCCACCUACUUGUGCGAGUGGUGCAUACACAAUUUCUAAAUCUUUGACCACGUGGGAAAGUGCAAGGCUUGAUUGCAACAGGAUGGGGAAGGAUUUGGUCAACCUUGAAACACAGGCAGAAGAGCAGUGUUUUUUGGAAUAUGUGCGAAAUCAAAGCAGGAUUGGAGACAGAUUCUGGAUUGGCUUGAACGCAAUCAGGAAAACGAGCUUUCAGUGGACCAAUGAUCAAGAUCCAGGAUUCACUUCAUGGGACCAGGACUUUCCUGGAGGAGGCGCGCAGGAAUACUGUGUUCAAAUGGUAAAUGGAAAGUGGCAAAACAAGAGAUGCACCGACCUCAGCUAUUUUGCCUGCGAGAAUUCUACCACCAUAAACACGACAUCCAAGAGUUGUCCAGCAACGAGUUCAACUUACAUGCUGACUAAAGAUAUAAAAUAGAAAACAUGGCAAGGCGCUAGAGACGAAUGUGAUAAGUUUGGAAUGCAACUUGUCAGCUUGGAAACUCCAGAGGAAGAUGCUUGCGUCCGUGCACUCGUCGCUGCAGCAGGUCUUCAAGGAAACUAUGUGUGGAUGUCACUCAACUGCAUAAACGAAACUUUUUAUGACCACUGGGCCAAUGGUGCAAAUUCAACUUACAAGUCAUGGGCACCAAGAGAGCCUGCGCAAUACCCUAGUGAGCGAUGUGGUAUUAUAUGGCAAAAUGCUUGGUUUGAUCUACCUUGCACAGCAGCAACUUACUACGUUUGCGAAGGAUCGUCGUUCAUUUAAUCAACAAAAAUUUUCCCAAUUAUUCAAUUGGAAUAAGUGACUGAC